CUGACGGCUGUGUUUGCUGUGUUUUGGCGAGUUGAAUGGUCAAUUCGGUGAUCACUUCCCUUAUUCGGAAUGGCUUAUACCGGGAGGACUGGGCAAAACAGGCAGUAAGGUCUCAUUUGCCAACGCUUGGCAGCGCGUAAGAAGAAAUGACUUUGCACCCAAUGGCGCCAUAUGCCAGAAUCCAACCCGCUAAACUAACGAACCAGCGGCCCGUCGCACCAGCUUCGUCUCGUAUGGAGGAUGAUAAUUAUGCAGCCACCCGCAGGGCUGACCCUUCAGGUCCCCAUGAGCCGAAUCCUUCGACGAAAGUCCCUUCUUUUCGCGGCGUUGCGGAUCCCGGCCUUUCUUCCUGCCGAAUUGUUUUUCCGCUCACGUUUAAUGAUCUUGGUUCCUUUCGGGAACCCUGCCAUCUUGACGACCUUCUCCCCGCGACAUACGUUACCCCUAGGAACUUGACCUGUCAUUGCGCCUUGAAACCAUGAAUUUUGACGCGACUAGAUGGCGAUACAGCCUCCGAACUCUCGUGACCGCGGCAUCUAUCGCUGUCCAUACCUCUUUCGCGCAAGAAUGCGCGUAUGAAGGAGGAUGGGCGCUCCGCAACGAUAGAUCAUGUCCGCCCAGCGCACCCGUCGAGUGCGGCACAGGAGCGCAGCCGAGAUGCUGCCCCUCAGGCUUCAAAUGCACUGGAGAUGGUGACUAUGUGGGCAAUUACUGUUGUGAAGACCCUUCUGACUGCCGGGAUUUGUCGUUGAAAUACCCUAAGUGUCCUAAUUCAGAUUGGAUCCUCUGGGGAGUCGAAGGAAAGCUCGGCAAUGGUGGAUGGUGCUGCCAAUCCGGGCAAAACGGCACGUACCGAGCUAACUCGAACGGAAUUGCCCUGCUGUGUACUCCCACGACGGCAACAGCGCUUGGUUCAAACAUCUUCUGGGCCGAGACAGUGAGCACUUCAUCCUGCUCUACGAUGUCGACGACCUCGAAAAUUGCCACAACAUCAGCGACUGCGACUGCGGCUUCCACGGCCGCAACCACCAGUACCGGAGCUUCCGUCACGGCCGCGAUCACGGCCACCAACAUGCCGUCGGGAUCGAGCGAUUCAUCGUCAAUGUCCACCGGGGCAAUAGCUGGUGCUGCGGUAGGAGGCGUUGCUGGCGGAGCCCUACUCAUUGCAGGAAUCUUUUUUCUCUGGCGGAGGAAGAAGAGAAGCUCCGCCGGUGCAAAGGCCGGAGCAACCCCUGCAACAGAAACGGGCUCUUCGGCGUGGGCAUACGAACGAAAAGAUGGACAGGGAUACGGAGGAAAUGGUGGCGGGGUGAGCGAACUCGCAGUUCCGGAACCACGGGCAGAGAUGGAUUCCGCGACGCAACCGACUUACGAACUUGAUGCUGCAGCAUCAAAUACGCCUGAAUUGGACGCAGCGCACUCAGGUGUGAGACCGAGUCAGAGGGAUGAUUUGAAGUACCGCUAGAACGAAUAUGAUACCCUGCAAUAGGCUGCAACGGCGGAAGAGAGAAUAUGCAUAGACCGGGCACUCGGGGAAAAGGAGCGAGGUUCUGAGAAGACAACUUUUCCCAAUCGUGUCCACUCGCAUGAUACAUCUCGAAACACAUAUUAAUUAUCCAAGGGCAAAGUAUGAGUCGAGAUGUCCAUCGCAC